AUGAUGUUCCUGUGGUAUUAUGCUCUUGCUGUUGCCCUCUGCCUGACGGGCUUGGGGGCUCAGAGUGUUCCUGAGGCCGAUCUUGUCAGCAAUCUGCCCGGUCUGGCCGAGAACCCCUCCUUCAAACACUACUCUGGCUAUGUCCAGGCUGGGCAGGGGAAGUACUUUCAUUACUGGUUUGUGGAGUCCCAGAACAACCCCUCUACUGACCCUGUGAUCCUCUGGCUGAAUGGAGGUCCAGGCUGCAGUGCCAUGGAGGGCAUGCUCUCUGAGAAUGGACCCUUCCAUGUGGCCAAUGUCCUAUACCUGGAGUCUCCCGCUGGUGUGGGAUUCUCCUACUCCACCUCUGGGAACUACGCCACCAGUGACCCCCAGGUGGCAGAGGACAACUACGAAGCCCUGCAAAACUUCUUCGCCAAAUUCCCCUCCUUCCUCUCCAAUGACUUCUACGUGUUUGCUGAGAGUUACGGGGGCGUCUAUGGACCAUCCCUGGCCCAAAAGAUUGUCAGCAACCCUGGAAGCAUCAAUUUCAAGGGAAUGGGUAUUGGCAACGGAAUGUCCAGCUAUGCUUUGAAUGAUAACUCAUUGCUUUACUUCGGAUACUAUCAUGGGCUUUUGGCUGAGAGUCUGUGGAGUGAUCUUAAUCAGCAGUGCUGCACGGGAGGCUCCUGCAACUUCUACAGCAACAGUAACACCAACUGCCAGAACUCAGUAUACCAGGCUCUGUACCUGAUCCAGGACGUUGGGCUCAACAUCUACAACCUGUAUGGGCAGUGCUAUGGCGGAGCACCCAUGAGCAGCUACGCUGGACGUUAUGCUGCUGACAUGUCUAACCUGUUCAGAGAGUCUGGGUUCUCCUUCAAGCCUUUAGAGGAGGUAGCUAUUCCUGGCAAUCCCAUGUGUAUUAAUGGCACCGCCAUGUACGAGUGGCUGAACAACCCCAACGUGCGUGCAGCGCUCCACAUCCCCUCCUCUGUGCAGUCCUGGGAACUCUGCAGUCAUACCGUUGGGUCACUCUACCAGAGGACCUACAAGGACAUGACCUGGUUUUACCAGAUUCUGCUGCAGCAGGACCUCCAGCUGCUGGUGUAUAACGGAGACGUGGACAUGGCCUGCAACUUCCUCGGGGGGAAGUGGUUUGUGGAGUCUCUGAAUCAGCAGGUGACCUUUCAGUACCAGCCGUGGUACUAUCAGGACCAGAUCGCCGGCUACAUUCAGCAGUAUGAGAAGAUCACCUUCAUGACGGUGAAGGGUUCCGGCCACAUGGUUCCGCAGUACAAACCUGGCCCCGCUCUGCAGAUGCUGAUGAACUACCUGGCUAACUCCUACUGAUCUGUGUGUGUGUGUGAAUGUGUGUGUGUGUGUGUUUGACAGACAUCCUAUGUGAUCAGAAUAUUGUCAUCACUCA